AGGUUUAUGCUGGGCAACUACAAAUUAAUCUGUGUUAGGGCUAACUCUUCCUUUUACUGCAGUCUUAAUAGAAUGUUAUCAAAUGAAAGGAAAAUCAACAAAGAAUCUGAAAGAAACCUUUUAGGAUAUAAUGUCCCUACAAUGACUGUUACUAUACCAAUGGCAUUUACUCACUGACUACUUGUGUAGCCUCACAAGGUUACGUUUUUCUCAAGUUGUACAGGAAGAGAGAGCCAGCUCACUCUGAAUUAUACAACUGCAGCUAUUGCUUCUCUCUCAUCUUUCACUGCUGAUCCUGAACUGUCUCUUCAGAAACUAUGAAAAAGGGACAAACUUUUGAUGAUCUUGGAGUUUCUGAUGUAGAAAUAUCCAAGCUGAAAAAGGUGAAUUUCAAAAGAUGUAAAAUUUUGGCAGUGAGCAUUUGUAUGCUAAUCCUAAUUUCUCUUGUCCUGCUAUUUUUUGCUGUGAAGAAUAUUUGGUACCACGUUCCUAAAAAGGUAUAUGAUGUUGAAUACAAAUUCUUCGGUAAUGGGGAAAAGACGACUCUACUGAUGGAAAUUGAUCCAGUUAAAAAAACUGAAACUUUCCGAACUGAAAAUGGCACCGAUGAAGCUAUCGAAAUCCAUGACUUCAAACAUGGCAUUACAGGAAUCUACUUUGCUGGUCUACAAAAGUGCUUCAUCAAGACCCAGAUUAAAGACAUCCCAGAAAUUGCUGAAACAGAGUUUGUAGAGCUUGAGGGAAGUGAGAUCACCACAACUAUUUAUGAGCAGUCUAUGCUUUGGAUCCCUGGAGAAAAACCUAUAGAAGACAAAGACUUUAUGAAGAAUUCCAAAAUAUUUGAAGUUUGCAAGAAUGUGUCUGUGCACUGGAUCUAUCCCUCCUCACUAACAGAUUCUGAAUUUAAAGACUUUGAAGACUUGGAAGAGGGUGACUUGGUUUUAGAAAAAAAGCCUGCUUUAUCCAAAGAAGUAAAACACGAGAAACCAGAGGUGCCACCUUCGGGCAAUAAGCGUCAGGCUCGAGAUCUGACUGAGGAAGACUUGCCGGUUAAUGACUAUAGAGAAGUUGGACUUGACUUUCACCCUAUGUGGGACCACAGAGGCUUCUGCUGUGUUCACUGUCGUCGUGGUCAAAGAUAUUGCCAACGUGUGUGUGAGCCACUGCUUGGCUACUACCCUUAUCCUUACUGCUAUGGAUCAGGACGCGUGAUAUGUAGAAUCAUCAUGCCAUGCAACUGGUGGGUUGCCAGAAUGUUGGGUCGAGUGUAGAGAAUUCGAUGAAGCAGAUAUUUUGUUAAAAGAAAAAAUAAUAUUUUGUACAAUUUUGGGGUUAAUUUGUAAAAUGGGAUCAUUUUGAACUUUAUAGACCUUCUUGUAUCUAUAUACAUUUUAACCCAUUUUCUUAUAUUGUUAUAAAAAUGUAUUGCCAUUAAUUCCUAUAUAAAAUCAGCAAAAUAUCCUGUAUUUUUUAUUACCGAUUUAUAUAAUUUACUACAUACAGUGAAUCUUCACUGUGUCAUGGUGCUUUUCAAAACAUUUUCAAAUGGCAGGAAGCUUUGACAUACUGAAGUCGGUAUAUCAAGUAGACUACUAAUUGAUUGCUCCUUAUCAGUAAUUUACAGCCAUGCCUUUCGACUUAGAGUCCAAUUGAGUCUAGUUAAAAAGGAGCUUUACCAUGCUGCAUUUAGGUUAUACAUAUUAUAUGCAUUAUACGUAUAUGAACAUAAAAUCCUGUGUUCUUUUCCUGGAUUAUCUAACCCAUGCGCAUGAUUCAAAGGGGAAAUAAACCCUAUGUAUAGGCAGGGUUUACGCUUUACUCCUUUUAUUAAUAGAUGAUAUCAAACAAUAUCAUUGCAUUUCAGUAUACCCAACAUUCCAUAUUAGCAGGCACAUAUGUAAGCCAUAUCAAUUGCUUUCUAUAAGACAAUUACAUGAUCAUAUGUCUCAUGAGAACCAUAUCACCUACUUACAUCCAACAGAAGAUGUUUCUGUGUUGAAGUCUGUGGAAAGGAGACUAUCAUAGCCAAAGCAUUAAAUAUGGCAAUUCUACUAAUAUUUAGAAAUGACAUUAUACCAUAUAAAAAGGGGGGCUUAUAAACACAUGAAGCUAUAUAUUGGUAAUGUAUUUUAUAUAUAAUUGAAAAUAAAUUGCUGAUUGCAACCUGAGUAUGUAUUUCCCUUUUGAGACAGACUAAUCUGCACAAAGUCUGUUCCUUGUAUUUUCUGUCAAUACAUUUUUAUCUCACACAACGGAGGACUUACAAUCGUCUCUUAAGUUAAUGCUCUUUCAGGCUGUUCUUGUUAUGCAAACGUACAUUGAGAAUGUAGCGUCCUCACCUUACAUCUGAACCUCAGUGGCAAUGUGAAUAUAUUAACAGUUCUUAAAUCCUUAUAAAAUGUCAGGGUUCUAUGAAAUUCCAAUAACAUCUUUAAGAAAAAAAAUAUAUAUUUACCAUGUGUAAAGUAUAAAAUAGAUAUCUUCAAUUUACUUUCUGUAAAAAGACAUGCGUAUGAUAGCAAUAGUCACUGCUUUACAGACAUACUCAAAUUAGCCACCUAGGGAGACUGCCUCGAUAGAAAACCCCCAGUUAUAUGUAUAGAGGUUCAGAUGGUAAGAAACAAUGUUCUUUGGUUUAAAUACAUCAUGCUUUUAGAAAGUAUUGUACUUAGAGAAAUAAAUAGAGAAAUAACCUCUAAUCCUCAUGUUAUAAAAAAAGCCCUCUGCCCAAGCAGCAGUAAUAUGAGGCACCUUAGAUGGCAAAGUGAUGUGGCAUAUAUAUAUAUAUAUAUAUUCAGUAUAUACACAGUAUCACUGAUAUAGAGUGAACAUCAAAUCAUUCUGUUUUGUGAUGUCUAUUUUUGUUUUCAUUAAAUGUUUACUAAGUAA